AUGCGGGUCUCAAAUAAACAUCACCGCCACAAAUGCGCCGUCAAUGUACCUCUGAUGUUGUUCACUGGUACGCUACGAGUGCGGGUUCUAGAGGCUCGAGGUCUACGACCAACUGAAUGGUCGAGAAGAUUUAAUCAGAACGAGAAAAAUGAGACCGCAGCGAUAGAUGCGUAUGUGAACGUGGAUUGGGACGAAUAUCAUGUCGGUAAGACGUUGGUACGACCAAAAACCACCGAACCACGUUGGAACGAGGAAUUUAUCGCGAAUGACGUACAUUCGGGUCGUGCGAUUGGUUUCACCAUAUUCCACAAUUGUGUGAUGCCACCGGAUGAUUUUGUCGCUAACACUAGGAUACCGUUUGACGAUCUCAAAAUAGGCAGUUGUAAUGAUAUCUGGGUGGACCUCGAACCACAUGGACAAUUACACGUGGUAAUUGAACUACACGGCUCAGCAGUCGAAGAAUCGCACCAUGUCAAGGAGCGUGUGUUCAAGGAGCGAACCGGCGCUUUCAACGACCGGCAACGGCGGGGUGCAAUGCGAAGAAAAAUCCAUGAGAUUACCGGACAUAAAUUUAUGGCAUUGUUCCUACGUCAGCCGACUUUUUGUGCUCAUUGUAAGGAAUUCAUUUGGGGUAUUGGAAAACAGGGAUAUCAAUGUCAAAUUUGCACCGUUGUUGUGCAUAAACGAUGUCACGAAGAAGUGGUAUGGAAAUGCCCCGGAAAUAAGGCGGACGCGGUCGAAGAGAUUAACCGGGAAGUCUGCGAGACUGGUAUGGGCCGAUUCAACAUCAAUAUGCCGCAUCGUUUCUCCGUACAUUCCUAUAAACGUCCAACAUUUUGCGAUCACUGUGGUUCUAUGCUCUACGGGCUCAUUAAUCAGGGUCUUCAGUGUUCCGUUUGUAAACUGAACGUUCAUAAACGAUGUCAACGGAACGUUGCUAAUAAUUGUGGCAUUAACGCUAAGCAAAUGGCGGCAGAAUUAGCUCAACUCGGUCUUACUGGCGAUAAAAUGAGUGUACGUAGUAAAAAGAAGCCGUCAAUCAUGACCGAUUCAAGUGCCGAUCAAGCGAGUAGUGGUGCUGGUGAUUCUGGACCAAGACUUCUGCAACAAAUCUCCGAAGAAGAUUCUGGAGUUAAAGUUCCAAAACCGACUACUGCUGGUACAGUAACCAUUCAGGAUUUCUCGUUCAUUAAAGUUCUUGGAAAGGGAUCAUUUGGAAAGGUGAUGCUAGCCGAACGAAAAGGAUCAGAAGAGGUUUACGCGAUUAAAAUCCUCAAAAAAGAUGUGAUCGUACAAGAUGACGACGUUGAAUGUACGAUGUGCGAGAAGCGAAUCCUAAGUUUAGCGGCGAAACAUCCAUUCCUUACGGCUUUGCACAGCAGUUUCCAAACACCAGAUCGUUUAUUCUUCGUCAUGGAAUACGUGAAUGGUGGUGAUUUGAUGUUUCAAAUCCAACGUGCACGAAAAUUCGAUGAGCCAAGAGCUCGUUUCUAUGCGGCUGAGGUCACUUGUGCAUUGCAAUUCCUUCAUCGGAAUGAGGUCAUCUACAGAGAUUUGAAACUCGACAACAUCCUUCUGGACGCCGAAGGUCACUGUAGGUUGGCAGAUUUUGGUAUGUGCAAGGAAGGGAUCACUAAGGAUAACCUCACCAGCACUUUUUGUGGCACACCCGAUUAUAUAGCACCAGAAAUUCUACAAGAAUUGGAGUACGGUGUAUCGGUUGAUUGGUGGGCUCUUGGUGUGUUGAUGUACGAAAUGAUGGCCGGUCAACCGCCUUUCGAAGCCGAUAACGAGGAUGAUCUGUUUGAGGCGAUCCUCAACGACGACGUUCUCUACCCGGUUUGGCUUUCAAAAGAAGCGGUGAACAUCCUGAAAGCGUUCAUGACCAAGAAUCCAUCAAAACGACUCGGUUGUGUGCAAUCACAAGGUGGAGAGGAUGCGAUUCGAGCUCAUCCGUUCUUCCGUGAAAUGGAUUGGGAUGCGCUAGAAGCACGUCAUGUGAAACCGCCUUUUAAGCCGAAAAUCAAGUCGAGACGUGAUGCGAACAAUUUCGACGCAGAUUUCACGAAAGAGGAUCCAGUGUUGACACCAACAGAUCCGGCAGUGGUUCGAUCCAUUAAUCAAGAAGAAUUCCGUGGAUUCUCGUUUGUGAAUCCACAUUUUGUGUACUAA